CUGGCAGCCCGGAAGUGGCGGGCUAUGGAGGGUCGCUCCGCGGGUCGCGGGCUCUCUCGCGAGGCGUCGGUGGAAGAGGCCGAGCCCCAGGUGGACAGCGGUAACGUGUCCCAGAGCCACAGCAGCGCGUCGGGGCCGUGGGAGGACGAGGGCGCGGAGCUGGGCGCGCCGGGACGCGACCUGCCUCUGCUGCGCCGCGCCGCCGCGGGCUAUGCCGCCUGCCUGCUGCCCGGAGCGGGCGCGCGGCCCGAGGUGGAGGCCCUGGACGCGAGCCUGGAGGACCUGCUCACCAGAGUGGACGAGUUCGUGGGCAUGCUGGACAUGCUGCGCGGCGACUCGUCCCACGUCGUCAGCGAGGGCGUGCCUCGCAUCCACGCCAAGGCCACGGAGAUGCGGCAGGUCUACGGCAAGAUAGACCGACUCGAGGCCUUCGUCGGGAUGAUCGGCGCCAGCGUGGCCAGAAUGGAGGAGCAAGUGGCCCGGGCGGAGGCCGAGCUGGGGUCUUUCCCCAGUGCAUUCAGAAAACUCCUGCACACCAUUCCCGUGCCCUCCAUCUUCAACAAGGCGCCCUCCAGCAGGCCCCAGCCCACCGGCUACGAACCCCCCGUCCUGUUCCGCACCGAGGACCACUUUCCCUGUUGCAGCGAACGACCUCUGAUCUGAGUCGGCCCGACCACACUGCAAGAGGAUGCUGCCACCUGAGAUUAUCUCGAGGAUUAAUUAAAUCGAUUGCAAGUCCAGUUAAUAGACAUUGGAUGUCAGAGUGUGGGAUUUGUUAUGUGCACACUCUGUCUCCCACGGCCUAUGCUUUUUUAUGUCUUCCAGUGUUAACCCAAAAGCUGCUUGGUGGGAGCCAUCGGGUUAGCAAAAUGAAUAAACUUGUCGGUGCACUGUGGCAAAACUGUUAUUUUUAUGGAUUUUACAGCUCAACAAACAGUAUUACCUUUUCAAGAUUUAUAUAUUUAUAUACUCUCUAGAAAAACUGCUGAGCCAUUAAAGCUUUGUUAUAAUUUGAUCCUAAUGGUGAUUCAUUUUGCUAUCGCUUAGUGUUGUGGUCGGUGGUAAAUUAUUUAACAUUAUAUUAAACUGUCCAUAUGGAUUGUAAACCGAAGGAAAUUGUACAGUUUCUGAGAAAAUGUACCGAUUUAUUGCAACUAUUUAUUGUAUUUGAAAGUAUAAUAUCAGAACCUUAAUUUGCCCAUAGCAAACAUGUCUAUCUAAUGGUUGCGAAGGUGUGGUUUAUAGUUCAAAUAUUAAUAAAAUUUUUAAAUGUUUCCUUCUGAAAAGGACUUGACAUAUUUCCUUUUGUGUUGGUUUUAAAAUAAGACUUGUUGCUCAUUAUUUUAGGAACAGGAUCAAGAAAGGGGCUUGGGAGUACCUCCUUUACAAGGCUGAUGUGAAAAACUAGCCGUAGCUACCUACCGGGCAUGUGUUCCUUUCCCUUCAAACAGAACAGUUCAAUCAUUCGUGUGGAUGACUGGUGUUAGGUUUUGUUCUUUCACCCUGACAACAUAGACCACUUGCAGGUCUUUGUGGUUGAUGGAACAGAUAUGACCCUCACUUCACCACAAAUAAUGAAAAGUCUGAUAAUAGAUCUCAACCUUCACUUUCAC